AUGAAUAAAGCCAAUUUACUCAGCACUGACAUGAACAUAAAAGUCACCUUGUUCUCUGAAGUGAGUGUUGGGAUCUCAGCUAAUGGUUUCCUUUUUUUUGCCCACCUCUGUGUGCUCCUUGGUAACAACAGGCCUAAGCCCAUUGAUCUCUAUAUUGCUUUCUUGUCCCUAACCCAGCUAAUGCUGCUUACAACUAUGGGACUCAUAGCUGUGGACAUGUUUACACCUUGGGGGAGAUGGGGUUCUACCACAUGCCAAUCCCUUAUCUAUUUUCAUAGGCUUUUGAGGGGCCUCACCCUUUGUGCUACCUGUCUGCUGAAUGUCCUUUGGACCAUCACCCUUAGUCCUAGAAGCUCCUGUUUAACAAAGUUUAAACAUAAAUCUCUCCAUAACAUCUCAGGUGCCUUUCUUUUCCUCUGUAUUCUCUAUGUGUCUUUUAGCAGUCACUUCUUCAUAUUGAUUAUUUCUACCCCCAACCUGACCUCAGAUAAUUUUAUGUACAUUACUCAGUCCUGCUCACUUCUACCUGUGAGUUACUUCAGAAAAAGGAUGUUUUCCACACCGAUGGCCAUCAGAGAAGCCUUUCUCAUAGGUCUCAUUGCCCUGUCCAGCGGGUACAUGGUGGCUCUCCUAUGGAGGCACCGGAAGCAGGCCCAGCAUCUUCACAGCACCAGGCUUUCUUCAAAAGCCUCCCCAGAGCAAAGGGCGACCAGGACCAUCACACUGCUCAUGAGCUUCUUUGUGGUUUUCUAUAUCUUGGACAUUGUGGUCUUCCAAUCAAGGAUGAUGUUCAAGGAUGACUCAAUAUUCUACUGUGUCCAAAUUAUUGUGUCCCAUAGCUAUGCCACAGUCAGCCCUUUUGUGUUUAUUUGCACUGAAAAAUGUAUAACUAAGUUUUUGAGGUCAAUGUGUGACAGAGUAGUUAAUAUUUAA